AUUGGACUAGUAAGUCAUCACAGAAGCAUUGACUUGGGAAAUUCCUCUUGAAACCAACCAUUACAUUUUAUUCAGUGGAAUUUCACAUUGAACCAAAACCACAUCUCUGCUUUCAGUUCAUUUCAACACCAUUGCCAAUGUCUACACCGGGAGAAUAUUAUAGAUCCCUGCCACCAGUGUGCAAAUUUUAUGGAGUAUUCUGCUUCAUGACCGCUGCAGCUUAUUAUCUCAAACUGUAUGAUCCGGACAUAUUAUCGUUACAGUACGGGCUCGUUUUAAAACGUUUUCAGAUAUGGAGGCUAGUUUCCAAUUUCUUCUACCUUGGUCCAUUUUCUGUCGGGUUUGCGGUUCGUCUUAUAAUGCUAGCAAGAUAUGGAGUUCUGUUAGAGAAAGGACUGUUUGACAAGAGAACGGCUGAUUUUCUGUGGAUGAUGAUCUUUGGCGCUUUCUCACUUUUGACAGUUGCUCCAGUUCUGAUGUUAUUGCCUCCCUACAAAACCUUCAUGUCGAUAUCUUUGGUUUUCAUGCUUCUCUACGUUUGGAGCCGUGAGUCUCCAAAUGCGCAGAUCAACAUAUAUGGCGUUGUGAGACUGAAGGGAUUCUAUCUUCCUUGGGCGAUGCUUGCUUUGGAUUUGAUCUUUGGAGCUCCUCUGAUACCAGAUAUCCUCGGAAUUAUUGCCGGCCAUUUAUAUUACUUCUUGACAGUGCUUUAUCCUCUCUCUACAGUAAGAAACAUUUUGAAGACUCCACUUUGGGUUCACAAGUUGGUGGUAUUUUGGGGCAAGGGAACUCAAAUAGACAGUCCGGUUGAACCUAACCCAUCCGCUGGGAUUGCUUUUCGCGGAAGAGGUCGAAGACUUGGAGGAAAUUAAGCUGUACACCAUGAAUUGUAUAAGCUUUUUAUGUAUUAUUAUCCAUUUAUCCUUCUCUUGAGAUGAUGUUGUUUUCUAAGAAAUUUGGCGAACUGAAAGACAUUGAAAAUACAAGAGGAAAUUCUAAUU